AUGGCCGAAGAAUUUCUCGCCCAGCUCCGUUACGUCCGCAGGGGCGUGUUGGAGAAGGGAGACCAGCGAUGCUUCAUCUGCAUGGAAGACUACGGCACCACGCCCUCGGAAAACGGCACCAUCGAACGCGCGGUGAUACUGCCAUGCAACCACAUCAUGGGCUCGGAAUGCAUCUCGACCUGGCUCUCCCCUCGGGCACAGGGCGGUGCCGGCAACAACACCUGCCCCGUCUGCCGACACGUGCUAUUCCGCCGGGUCCGACGUCCGCCAAUCUCACAGUCCAACGCCGAACAUAUGAGGAUCCACACCGUGCUGGCGAAUCGAUGCGUGGGCCUCUCUGCGCAGCUUGGCUUGAACCACAUGCCUGAGAUCGCUGGCAUGGCUCGAUGGAUGGCGAAUCAAAUUCACGACAUUUUCGCAUUCGAAAGGAUUGAACGUGAAAAUGAUGAUCGCUUGGUUCGUAGUGUUGCGGCCGCGAGCAUCUACAUGGCGAGUCAUCUCUUGGGGGAUGGAAGGUCGCUGGAAAUGAUAGAGAGCUGCGCCCUUUCUGGGGAUGAUCCGAUUAGAGGCGCUUACGCUGUGCUCUAUCUCCACCGUUACGAUAUCAUUAACACACAGCUGCUUGCCCGUGUUGGGAUGGGGCUGGGCAGCAUUGGCGAUGUUCUGCCUCCCGCUCUGCCGUAG